AUGUUGUUUACAAAUAAUGAAAUACAUGCAGAAGGCAAACUUGCAUUGAUUGUUGGUGCUUCACAAGGGCUUGGUGCUGAUUUAGCAUUGAAACUUUACCAACAAAAUUGUUCAGUCAUACUUGUUGCAAGAACAGAAACUAAAUUGGUGGCUCAAAUAGAGAGAAUCCAGAGUUCUAUUCCUGAAAGUAAUGCCUCGCUAAGUUACAAAUGCUGUGACGCUUCGAAUUAUGAAGAUUGUGUGAAUUUAUGGAGUGAAUUGGUUAUAGAUCAACAGCAAGAUCCAGACUUCAUUUUUUGUUGUGCUGGAUCAUCCGUCCCUAAAUUGUUCAGUGAUUUGACAGCCAAAGAUUUCGCAAUUGGUAUUAAUACCAAUUAUAACACCGCUUUGAAUAUAACUCAUACUGGAUUUAAACAGGUUCUUGCCCAGUUCCCUAAUGUUCCUUGCGAUCAAUUCAAAAAGCGUCAUGUUAUUUUUGUUUCAUCUGUGGUGAGCUUUUAUCCAUUUAUUGGAUACAGUCAAUACGCACCAUUAAAGAGUGCAAUCCAGUCACUUUCUACUAUAUUACGUCAAGAAUUAGGACCUUUCAAUUAUCGAGUUUCGUGUGUAUUCCCAGGCAAUUUUCAAAGUGAAGGGUACGAAGAAGAACAAAAGACUAAACCUUCAAUUACCAAAUCGAUUGAAGGUUCAAGUAAACCUAUUUCGGGUGAAGAUUGUGCAGACAUCAUACUUGGUAAGUUGAAUGGGGGAUAUGAUACAGUUACUACUGAUUUUAUUGGGUGGUUAUUAGGAUGCUCGGUACUAGGAGUCUUACCAAGAUCGUGGGGCUUUUUUCAGAUCAUCAUUUCAUUUAUAUUCCUGAUUAUUGCUCCGAUUGCAAACUGGGUAGUUUAUAGAGAUGUACUCCAAUUUUUCAAAACAAGAAAUACAAGCGAUGUUGAUGAGUAUGAAAUCGUGAGUCCGGAUGAUAACAAAAAAACUCUUUAA